GAGAGCCCGGAGCGCGGCGCGUGCGCACUGAAUGCCUGCGCGACCCAGGCGGUCGCGCGAGCGCAGAUCGGCUACCUGCGGUGGUUUGAGUGGUGGCAAGUCCGGAGUGCUGAGAGGGGUCGGCCGUCUUCCGGGAAACUAGAGCACCAAGUUCCGCAGCUUUCCGAGGCGGGGCGCGGCAUGUCGUGGGUUCCGCGGGGCUGGUAGUGAACUCGCGGGCGGGAUGGGCCGGCGCCGGGGUUUGGAGCUCUACCGGGCCCCGUUCCCGUUGUACGCGCUUCGGAUAGACCCCAAGACUGGGCUGCUCAUCGCUGCGGGCGGAGGAGGAGCUGCCAAGACAGGCAUAAAGAAUGGCGUGCAUUUUCUGCAGCUAGAGCAGAUCAACGGGUGCCUGAGCGCCUCCUUGCUGCACUCUCAUGACACAGAGACACGGGCCACUAUGAAUUUGGCGCUUGCUGGUGACAUCCUUGCUGCUGGACAGGAUGCCCAUUGUCAGCUUCUUCGUUUCCAGGUCCAUCAACAGAAGGGCAAUAAAGCAGAGAAGUCAGGUUCCAAGGAGCAGGGACCUCGACAGAGGAAGGGGGCUGCUCCAGUAGAGAAGAAAUCGGGAGCAGAAGUUCACCCAGAAGGGGUUGAACUCAGAGUAAAGAAUUUGGAGGCAGUACAGACAGACUUCAGCAAUGAACCGCUGCAGAAAGUUGUGUGCUUCAACCAUGAUAACACCCUGCUUGCCACUGGAGGAACCGACGGUCAUGUUCGUGUCUGGAAGGUACCUAGCCUGGAGAAAGUUUUGGAGUUCAAAGCCCAUGAAGGGGAGAUUGGAGAUUUGGCUUUGGGUCCUGAUGGCAAGUUGGUUACUGUGGGCUGGGACUUUAAGGCUUCUGUGUGGCAGAAGGAUCAACUGGUGACACAGCUACAGUGGCAAGAGAAUGGACCCGCCUCUUCUAACACACCGUACCGCUACCAGGCCUGCAGGUUUGGGCAGGUUCCAGAUCAGCCCGGUGGGCUGCGACUCUUCACAGUGCAGAUACCCCACAAGCGCCUACGUCAGCCCCCACCCUGCUACCUCACAGCCUGGGACAGUUCCACCUUCUUGCCUCUCCAGACCAGGUCCUGUGGCCAUGAAGUCAUUUCCUGCCUCAGUGUCAGUGAAUCGGGUACCUUCCUAGGCCUAGGCACGGUCACUGGCUCUGUCGCCAUCUACAUAGCUUUCUCUCUCCAGCGCCUGUAUUAUGUGAAGGAGGCCCAUGGCAUUGUGGUGACAGAUGUGACCUUUCUACCUGAGAAGGGUUGUGGGCCAAAGCUUCUUGGGCCCCAUGAAACUGCUCUUUUCUCCGUGGCUGUGGAUAGUCGUUGUCAGUUGCACCUGCUGCCCUCACGGCGGAGUGUUCCUAUAUGGCUCCUGCUGGUGCUGUGUGUCGGCCUUAUUAUUGUAACCAUCCUGCUGCUCCAGAGUGCCUUCCCGGGUUUUCUUUAACCUCCUGACCGAUGGGAAUCAGCCAUGGACAGUGCCACCUUCCAGAGCAGAAUCAUUGAGCCCAACGGCUGAAGCUGCAUCUGAUGAGACUGAUGGGUACUGCUGGUCCCUCAGCCAAAGCUUGCCGGUGGCCUUCCCAUCACUCUGGGUCUGGGGAGCCCUGCUUUCACCUGUGGAUCCACUUAGGACAGUGUGGUCUGAAGUUCAGGCCACACUGCCUGCCUCCUUCCCUCUGCCUCCCAGGGCUCCAGAGUUGAGCUCUUCCUUUUCUAGAAAUAUGUGAAGAUGCCCAAGAGCCUGGAGGCAUGGCCAUCCUUCUUACAGAAACUGUUUCUCCUCCCCUUCCAGCCUUCACACAAGGUCCUCACUUUGUUGAGACAAAGUCUGUGCUGGCACUUGCUGUUAAGGCAGGAAGAGACACAGGUAGCAGUGAUCUGUGGGCUCUGGGUAGCACCACGCCAGUCAGGGCAGAUACACAGUGAGUUCCUGAAUGCUCUACUGCAGCCCGAGGAAAGGGAAAGUGAACUUUGGCUCGUUAGGCAGGAAGAGUUGAUAUUUAAUAAAGAGAGAGAGAUUGGACCGAGA